AUGUCUGAGUCACCUGAACAAAAUACUGAAGUUAAACCAGAAACUAAUGCUGUUUCUCCAGAAGUCAAAUCUGAAACUCACAUCAACUUGAAAGUCUCAGAUGGUCAAUCCGAAAUUUUCUUCAAGAUUAAAAGAACCACCCCAUUGAAAAGAUUGAUGGAGGCAUUUGCAAAGAGACAAGGUAAAGAAAUGGAUUCUUUGAGAUUCCUGUAUGAUGGUGUCAGAAUUCAAGCUGAUCAAACCCCUGCCAUGCUUGAUAUGGAAGAUAAUGACCUAAUUGAAGCUCAUAGAGAACAAAUUGGUGGUUUCGCUGCAAUGGAAUAA